CGCGCGCUUGUGGUGUCCUCACGCGCUUUCUACCUGCUUAUUGAUGGAGAGUUUUAUAGUUUUAUACACAGAGCGCUGUGUCUUAUAUACAGUGGCAUAAGGACACACACACUCACACACCGAGAGCCAGCGUCGCGUUGUCUAUCCGUGCUCCACUGGAAAUAUGUAGGGAUAAUAAUAAUUAUAAUAGUAAUCAUAAUACAGUACUGAUAACACUCAGUGAUUGGGGUAGAGUGGAUCUUGAGACGUCCAGGCCUUUGCAGUGUGGUGCAGCAGGUCAGAGCUUUGUAUGUGGGACCAAUUACAUCUGGAUAUUCAAGACAAAAACAUUUUUUAAAGCUGCACAUUCAUUUUUACCCCUGCAUCUUUUACAAGAGAUGUGGAAACAGUUGUAGGCCUGUUCUGGCCAGAGCGAUUCAGGACGUGAGUAUUGUGUUCUGGACCCUUUGAGCCUCUCAUCAGUCAUGCAUUUAGAAGUAAAAGUUGCACUAAACUUCAUAGUGUCCUACUUGUACAACAAGCUCCCACGGCGACGAGCAGACCUAUUUGGAGAAGAGCUGGAACGCAUCCUGGUGUCACGUUUUGAAGGUCAUUGGUAUCCAGAGGCACCGUUGCGUGGUUCUGCCUUCCGCUGCCUUCAUCUUGGAGUCCCUGGGGACCCUGUGGUGGACCUAGCAGCUAAAAGGAGUGGGCUGGACAUGGAAGAAGUCCGUGCCAAUGUCCCCCAAGAGCUCAGCAUCUGGAUAGAUCCUUAUGAAGUGUCCUAUCAGAUUGGAGAGAAGGGGGCUGUGAAAGUUCUCUACAUGGAGGAUCCGCCAGGUUUGGGGGCAGAAACUGAAGUAUCAGAACACUUAGGAGGGCUUUGUAAAGGUGAUAUGGAGCUGGAAGAUGGGAAAAAUUUGGGCUUUAACCCAGACGCUCAGGUCUUUGUGCCCAUUGGCGGCCGAGCAUCACCAGUUAUGCUUCCAUCACUCUCCAACUCGCCCACGCCACUCUGUCAAGGUUUGUUCAGCUAUGCAGGUUCCAGUACUCCGACGGAUCUCACUGUGCACUCAAACACUUCCUCCCCAUCUCCACCCAGUACAGGGAUUCCCUACCCUCAUCCAGCUGCCCAGCCCAGCUCCCGCCAUGCUCCGCAACAAAUCACCUUCACCACAGCCAGCUUUGCUGCCACCAAAUUUGGCUCCACCAAGAUGAAGAAAUGUAUUGCACCUGGCAUGGUGGGAGGGUCUGGCACUGUCGGCACUCCUCAGCAACGAAUGCUGAGCCAUUCCCCAACUGCAAUGUCCUCCAUUUCACCACCUGGACUGGUGAAGCACGAGCCACUAUCUCUCUCCAUGCACUCCCUGGCUGGUCCAGUUUCUGGUCAGCUCUCACCCAAUGCCAAAGAGUUUGUCUACCCUGCUUCCCAGGGGCCUCUCUAUUUUGAAGCUGAGGCUUCACACCUGACCCACACUGGCACAUUCCAGGCACCGCUUUCAGCCCCUGCUCACCCACAUACCACCUUUGAUCCAUUCUCAAGCCCACCACCUGGCCAUGCUGUGGGUGUUAUGGGAGGCAGAAGUGGAAUUUCCUUCAUGGAGGGCCUGGGGGGGUACAACCUACAGUACUCCAGCCAAUCUUUCCAACCUGUAGUAUUGGCCAACUAAGUGUUUGAUAAAAGCCUAAAAAAAAAAAAAUGUCUUCUAGAAAUUUUUUACAAUUUUUUCCACCAGUUGUUACUAAUACAUAAAGUUAAGAUGGUGUUAUAACUCGAUAUAAAUUUAUUUCCUCUCUGUAGAUUUGUUUGUAUUCAAGAGUAGUUCUUUUCCUUUCUUCCAAACCAAUGGGAAAUAACCAGCCUCCUGCUGCACAGAUGUUUUGCAUUGAAUGCUAAUUCGAUCUGGGUGUUCCUCGCCAAGGUAUAGUUCUCUAGCCUGGCUGAGCAGCAUGAGCUUAUUCCAACACAGCUCUUUCAUGCUGUGAAAAGAGCUUCAUGCUUCAAUUUAAUCACGUUGAGAGCAAAUAUUUUGGUGGAAGGUUGAGUGAGGGAGAAGUUAGGACUUUGCUAUGAGCUGGCUAGUCACGCCUCACUGUAAGGGGUUUCUUUUUUUUGGUGUAUUGGCUUGUUUCCUAUUUAUUUUUCAUUCUGUUUGAGUACACAGUCAGGACACAAUGCACACUACGGAUAUAGGGCCUAGUUUUUGAGAAUUCAAAUGAGGUAAUGCUUUAAAGCUGUGACUGUUUAGGAGAAAUGCGUUUUCAUAUUUAAAAGCCAUAAAUAUUGUUCCAAAAGGUGGAAAGUUGACUAAAGGGUAAUACUAAGAUGACUGCAGAAUAGAAGAAAGGCUUAUGAUGAACAGGGGUUUGGGGAGGAUGGAAUGAUGGGAAUGAUUGUAUGGGCAGCUAGAGCUUAACCUGGCACUUGGGUUGCCGAGCUUGGUGUCCUUCAGCAUUGCAGUUGUGUUCGGGACUAUGAAUGUGAAUCUAAUUUCUAACAGAGUGCAUCUUAAAAGGUUGGAUGCUAUGAUUUUUUUUUUUGUUUAUUUUUCACUCUCAUCAACGCCUUAGACAUUUUACCUACAAGACACAAAGAUGAUGUCUUAAGAAAAUGGAUGUUUAUUCUUUGUAACCAUGGCUUGAUGAAGCAUCCUGAGCUUUCUCAAAAGAUAAAGCUUAGAAUCUUUAUAUUACACUGAUGUUUCAUUUCACGACCACCAUUUUGAGUGGAUUAGUUUUUUUUUUUGUUUUU